CAUCACAAGUAUUAAAUCAUGGCCCGUUUGAAGCUGAAGAAACUGGAGGAGUAUUUGCAGUGUGUCGAUGGUUUUGAGAAGCCCAAAAUACUCCUGGAGCAGUAUCCUACGCCACCACAUAUAGCUGCCUGUGUAACACACCAUAUUCAGUCCCAGCACGAUGACAUAGAGGGACGUCUUGUAGCUGAUUUGGGCUGCGGUUGUGGUAUGCUGAGCAUUGGUUCUACCUUGCUGGGCGCACAGCUGACUGUAGGUUUUGAAUUGGAUGAAGCUGCUGCGGAUAUUUUUCGCGGAAAUGUUGUGGAAAUGGAGCUGCCCAAUGUGGACUGUGUGCGUGCGGAUGUGCUGCAACUGGUGGGCAGCAAGUGGGACAAUGCAUUUGAUACGGUUGUCAUGAAUCCACCAUUCGGCACUAAACGUAAUGCAGGCAUGGAUAUGCGUUUCCUAGAAGUGGCAACACACUUAGCCACUGGCGCUGUCUACUCGCUGCACAAGACUUCCACGAGAUCUUACAUAGAAAAGAAGUCAAAGGAGUGGGGUGCGCAAAGCAGUGUUGUGGCCGAGCUGCGGUAUAAUAUUGAGGCGAGCUAUAAAUUUCAUAAGCAACAGUCCAAGGACAUUGAGGUGGACUUUUGGCGUUUCGAUGUCACAAGCAUUUGAUAAUACGUGCAUUUUCAUAGUUUUAUUUUUAGCAAUACAAUUAAGAAGUCCAAAUUAAACAACAACUUUCUAUUAAUA